CGCCUUUCACCACCUCCGUGGACGCCUCCCUCACUAGCCCUUCAUUUUCCUCCGUUUUCCCGAGAAUUCAUCGUUUUCCCAGCUCCAUUUUCUCAUCUUUUUUGUGUUUUUUUUAAAAAAAUCAAAUCUCUGUAUGGUGAGGGGAUCUCUCGGGGCGUAGGUUUGAUUCGGGAUUCAGAUUUGGGAGAUUUUCCUUUUUGUGGGUUUUAAAAAUUUGUUGAGCUUCUCCUGAAGGGUCGGCGUGGGGAUUCUCGGGUGGAGUCGGGUCGCCAGAGGGGGUUUUCACGGCGGAGAUAGAUUCCUCUACUGCUUCUUUUGAGGGGGUAGCCGGGGCUCCGGCCUCGGCGGGUUUCAAAGCCCCCACCUUCACAAUCUCUGGAAUCUGAGAAAUCAUUGAUCCAGUUUUUUUUUUCAAAAUUCUUUGUUUUUUUUUCUUCUGUGUUCGUCGAAAAUUUUCUCUCUAAGUAGAUUCUGAUCGUCGCUGAAGGGGGAAGAGGAUGCCAGCCCUGGCUUGCGUAGAUGCUGCCGUCGCGCCUCCCGGCUACGCCUUCACCGGGGAUAGCUCCCUUCUCACCGGCGGCGUUUUCUUUCCGGCGGAAACUCCCGCCUCUGCCGCCGCCGAUGGCUCUUGCCAUUGGUCCCCGUCUCUCUCCUCCUCGCUCUACCGGAUCGACGGAUGGGGCGCUCCGUACUUCACCGUCAACUCCUCCGGUAAUAUCUCUGUUCGUUCCCAUGGCACUGACACCUUGCCUCACCAAGAGAUCGAUCUGCUGAAGAUAGUGAAGAAGGUGACCGAUCCGAAAUCCUCUGGCGGUCUCGAUCUCCAGCUCCCGCUCGUCGUCCGGUUUCCGGACGUCCUGAAGAACCGGCUUCAGUCCCUCCAAUCGUCGUUCGAUUUUGCGAUCCAGUCUCAGGGCUAUGAAUCUCAUUACCAAGGUGUUUAUCCGGUGAAAUGCAAUCAGGAUCGGUUCGUCGUGGAGGACAUCGUCGAAGUCGGGUCACCGUUUCGCUUCGGGCUUGAAGCCGGGUCGAAACCCGAGAUCCUCCUCGCCAUGAGCUGUCUGUGCAAAGGUAACCCCGAGGCUUUUCUCAUCUGCAAUGGAUUUAAAGAUGCGGAGUACAUUUCCUUGGCUCUACUCGGCCAGAAGCUGGCCUUGAACACGGUGAUUGUGCUCGAGCAAGAAGAAGAGCUCGAUCUGGUUAUCGAUCUGAGCCAGAAGAUGAAUGUGAGGCCUGUCAUUGGGAUACGUGCGAAGCUGAGAACCAAGCACUCGGGUCAUUUCGGUUCGACAUCUGGUGAGAAGGGCAAAUUCGGAUUGACCACGACGCAGAUUGUUCGGGUCGUGAGGAAGCUCGACCAAAUGGGUAUGCUCGAUUGUCUCCAACUCCUACAUUUCCACAUUGGAUCCCAGAUCCCUUCGACGGCGCUUCUCUCCGAUGGCGUCUCUGAAGCUGCACAACUUUACUGUGAACUCGUCCGUCUCGGAGCCCAUAUGCGGGUUAUCGACAUUGGCGGCGGGUUGGGGAUCGACUAUGACGGAUCAAAGUCGGGCGAAUCUGAUCUCUCUGUUUCUUACAGCCUUGAGGAGUAUGCUUCGGCUGUUGUCUCCGCUGUCCGAUUUGUCUGUGACCGGAAAUCUGUGACGCACCCUGUUAUCUGCAGCGAGAGUGGCAGAGCCAUUGUGUCUCAUCACUCUGUCUUGAUCUUUGAAGCUGUCUCUGCAUCUGGAUCGGUCGGGCACGGUGUUGACCCGACAGAUAUAGAGUUCCUGCUCGAAGGUUACUCGGAGGAAGCUCGAUCCGAUUACCAGAACCUUUAUGCGGCCGCCAUCCAAGGUGAGUUCGAAAGCUGUCUCCUUUACAUGGAUCAGCUGAAGCAGAGAUGCGUGGAAGGAUUCAAAGAAGGUCUGCUCAGUAUCGAACAAUUAGCUGCUGUUGAUGGGUUUUGUGAAUGGGUGUUGAAGGCAAUCGAUUCAUCGGAUCCGAUCCGAACUUACCAUGUGAAUCUCUCUGUGUUCACAUCGAUCCCCGAUUUCUGGGGAAUUGAACAGUUGUUUCCUAUAAUCCCAAUCCAUAAGCUCGAUCAGAGGCCCGGGACGAGAGGGGUUUUAUCGGAUUUGACCUGCGACAGCGACGGGAAGAUCGACAAGUUUAUCGGCGGAGAAUCCAGCUUGCCUUUACAUGAGCUGGACAACAGCGGCGGGAAGUAUUAUCUGGGAAUGUUCCUGGGUGGGGCUUACGAGGAGGCCCUGGGUGGAGUCCACAACCUGUUCGGAGGGCCGAGCGUGGUUCGAGUCACUCAGAGUGAUGGUCCACACAGCUUUGCGGUGACCCGAGCCAUGCCUGGUCAGUCCUGCGCGGACGUCCUCCGGGUUAUGCAGCACGAGCCCGAGCUCAUGUUCCAGACCCUUAAGCACCGAGCCGAGGAGUUCGGUAAUAACAACAGCAAUGACAAUGGAGAUUACAAUAACGACGACGAUGAUGACGUGGCUGCUUUGCUGGCACAGUCGUUCCACAACAUGCCGUAUCUUGUGUCAGCGACCUCGACCUGUUCUCUCACCGCCGCCAUUAAUAACCUCGGGUUUUACUACUGCGACGAGGAUGGCUACAACGCAGUGUUUGAAGCCCCGGCUGCGGCCGGCGGUGAGGACGAGAACUGGUCAUACUGCUGCGCUUGAGAGGUGGUGGUGGCGAUUUGCGUUUCAUCGUAUCCCUAGUUUCGUUUUUUUUCUUUUGUUGUUUUUUUUUUUUAUUUCAGUUCAUGUUCGUGGUCGUAAACCCUAGCCGUUGUUUAAGCCAUCGCCAUGGAGAUGAGGACCCGAAUAUUUAAAUUCGGGUUCUUUAUAUGUAUCCAUCGUUUCCAUAUUUAUAAAAUAAUGUUUUUUUUUUGCAUUAAA